AUGCGGAUCUUUUUAAGGAUUUCUUCGGCGAUUCCUGUAGUGCUGGACCUGGCGCGGGAUAUUAUCUCCAAGGCUUUCUCAGCAGGGAUUGGUUCCCUGCCGCUGUUCUUCAAAUACAUCCUUAACGGCUGGGUGCAGAUUGACAUCAUCCCUCAGUAUCUGCCGCCAUACCUACCUGCGCAUGCAAUGACGCUGGACGACGUGGAACUAAAACCAUCCGCCGUUUGUUGCCCCUUGGGUCUGCUUGCCUACAAUGUCCAGUGCUCCAGCAUGCGUUUCUGUCCGGAAAGACGAGGACAAGACGCUCAAGACGCGAGCAUGAUCUGGGAAGUGAUAUACGAUCUGGAGCUUAACUACGGGGAGUUCACGUUGCGAUUGCCAGAGGCCGGCUUUUCGGGACGCAUCAAAAAUCCGGCGUGGGAAGAGACAGACGAUGUGUGGGAGGAGCGCCUUUUUGAGCGGCUGAGCGGUAGUUGA